AUGACGACACGAAAUGAUGACAUAUCCGUGGCCGUGAGGGCUCGACCGUCGCUCGAUGGGAACCACGUCAAUGAAUGGGCUAUCGAGGAUAGAGUCAUAUACGCGACCCGAAGCUAUCUCAUGCCCUUCGGAUUCGACCACAUAUUCUCUCAGAAGAAGACAAACUUUGAUAUUUACGCGGAGGUCGUCAAGCCGGUCGUCACCUCGUUCGUAGCUGGCCAACACGGGACUGUACUCACCUUCGGCGAGAAAUUCUCAGGGAAGACCCACACUAUGAUGGGUCACCAUCAGGACCCCGGGGUGAUCAGGAGAGCGGUUCCACAAAUCUUCAGUGAAAUCUCAAGCUUCAAGACCGGGAUUCGGAAAUUCGUGGUCCGUGUCGGUUUCCUGGAAAUCGAUAAUGAGGGCAUUCGAGAUCUCCUGUUAUGCGCACCGGAUCGGCGCCGUCGCCGCGGCAAUCAUCCGUCGUGGACUGUGGCCGGCUCGAGCCCCCGGAUCGUGACGAACGUGGCGCAGGCGCUAGCCUACAUCGACGAGUUUGGCGGAUUUCCUUGCGACGAACGCGCGCACCCAUUAUCAUCGAAGCUCCACUCGAUUUUUCGCGUUACGAUAGAAUCGUCGAGUCGAAUCCCAGACGAAAAGAGCAAGGAGCGCGGGAACCUGAGGGUGUCCCAGCUGAAUUUCGUGGAUCUUGUCGGGACUGACGGGAUUGCGGGAACCCGACAUCUGGGCGAGGGUCAAAUAUGCCUAUUCCUCACAGAGCUCGGUAGAGUGAUUCGGAAGCUGACGACGACGUUAAAAAAACGCAGCGAUUCCCGUCGAAGGGUUGCGCGCAUGGCUCUUUUAUGUCACAUUUGCCCGACGGAGUUCGAGUCGACUCUGGCUACGCUCGAAUUCGCUUCCGGCGCCAAACUCGUGCAAAGAAGGCCCCUGAUCAAGCAAAUGCUGGCCGGUGACUAUUGUGCGCUGCAUGGAGGAAUCGAUCGGCUCUUAGCCCUCAUUUCGGAAAUUCAGAUUGAGACGAGUAAGAAGAUUGCAGAGACGACGGAAGUCCUCGAGGAGGUCGACGAGCUUCUUGGAGCCAUGUCCAGAACCGCUAAGGGCUCGCCCCAAAAAGUUCUCGAUCGACACUCCCCCCCGACAACAGAAUCACCCGAGGACCUUGCUGACGUUCUGGAGGACUGUCAUGGAAACGACGAAACGUGGGCACUUGGACUGUUCCGGAAUUCCCCCCCGACGUGCGGCGGGACGGGCAUCGUCGACGAAGUCCUAAGCUACUUGAGAAAUUUCUGCAGCCAAACGUUCAAUGAUGAUCUUCUUCGUGCUUCAUUGAGGACGCUGAUAUGCUCGAUGGUAAGCCUUAGACGAGCCGAACGUCUACUGGAAUGUGCGCAGCAGACGAGGGAUGACUUCGAGUCGUCGGAUUUCGAGGAAUGA